AUGGAUGAAAUGAAGGAGUUCAAGAAGCAAGAGCGGCAGUUGCGGUCAUCUAUCAAAACGAUAGCGAAGUUUAUACAAGGAUUUCGCCGAGAAGUGCAUGAAAGGCAAAUUGAAGUUCGACUCGAAACUUUGGAGAACGCGAUGAGAAAAUUUUACACUGUGCGGCGCAAGAUUGAGCUGAUAAUCGACGAGGAAGAUGAGAAGCCAGAUUUGAAGGAGUCGGCAGAGCAACGAACCGAACGUUUAGAAGCACUGGCAAUCCAGCGAGAGGAGGAAUUUGAUGAAGCUAUUCGGGUUGUAGAGGAGGAAUAUUUCGAGAUCAAGUCUUCUCCCAUUGCUUUGCGAGCCAAGUCGAUUUUGCAACCAAGGCAGGUUGGUCCCAUUGAAGAUGUUGCUAUUCCUCAGCCUUCUGUUUCUCGUGUUAAGCUACCGGAUAUCAAGCUACCCUCAUUCAGCGGAAAGGUGAAGGAAUGGAUUACGUUUCGAGAUUCGUUCCGCAGCUUGAUUCAUAACAACCGUCAGCUGGAUGAUGUUGACAAGUUUACAUAUUUACGGUCUUCAGUAACUGGCGAUGCGUUUCAGGAGAUUGACUCCGUGGAACUUUCAGCAGACAACUACGAGGUAGCCUGGAGAAUUUUGGAGAAGAGGUUUGAAAACAAAAAGCUCAUCGUAAAGGCCCAUUUGGAUGCUCUGUUCGCGAUUGAGCCAAUGCGAAGAGAAAGCUGCGACGCUCUGAACACUCUGAUCAGUGAAUUCGAUCGCAACUUACAAAUGCUGGCGAAGAUAGGCGAACACCCGGAAAAUUGGUCGACAAUACUUGCUCAUAUGGUAUGCUCUCGCUUGGAUGCGGUCACUAUUCGUCAAUGGGAAACCCACCACAACUCUAAAGAGGUGCCAAUAUACGAUAACCUGAUGGAAUUUCUACGAGAUCAGUGCACGGUAUUGCAGUCAAUCGCUCCAAGCAAAUCUAGUGUUGAUGAAUCGAGACGUUCACGUUUGUCCGUUACUCAUACUUCAGCUCAGUCAUCGAAGAGAUGUGUGUUUUGCGGUGAAUCGUUUCACAUAGUGUUUCGCUGCAAUAAGUUUAAGAGUAUGUCAGUUGCCCAGCGAGUCGAGGACGUGAACCGAAGGCGACUUUGCCGAAAUUGUUUGUCAGUGGGUCACUUUGCUGAUUGUUGCUCACGAGGAUCCUGCAAUCGGUGCGGCGGCAAGCAUCACACCCUUCUGCACUACGAGAAUACAGCAGUUGUCAUUCGCCCAGUGAAACCUCCCACUCCGCAAGUACAAGGUAGACCACAGGUAGCAGGCCCACAACCUCAACAAAUCGUACCAAAACCGCAAGGUCAGACACAAAACACACCCACUCAAUCACCCACACAAGUAAAGGCCACAACUUCACAUCCCGUAAUUCGCACCAGCUCUCAAAACACUCACCCACAAUCCACCACAGACUCACACGUAACAAAUACUCUCAAGACUACUACGCAAGCAUCGCCGCGACAGAUUCUUAUGUCUACUGCGAUUGUUCGCGUUGAAGAUCAGUUUGGAAACACUUCGUUUGCCAGAACUUUGUUAGAUUCAUGCUCAGAGUUCUGUUAUAUGACUACUAGCUUUUCGAGAAGAUUGAAGUUCCGAGAAUCCCCUUCGUUCUUGAGAGUUGAAGGCAUUGGUAAUGGCAGUGUUGCAUCAACAAAGUUCGUGGAAGCAAAUAUUCAACCACGACUACCGUCAAUCUCAACGUUUACGGAGACAAUGCAGUUCCAUGUUCUACCGAAGAUCACCCGAACUUUGCCUAUUCGGCCUAUUCAAGUCGACAUCAGUCUGUUUCCAUCAGAUCUUGUGUUAGCAGAUCCAUCGUACGGAAAACCAGGAUCGAUUGAUAUGAUUAUCGGAGCAGAGUGCUACUACGACCUGCUCACUGCUGGAAGGAAGAAGCUACCCGAGGAUGGCCCCACUCUACAAGAUACCGUAUUCGGUUGGGUAAUAUCUGGAAAGGUUCCGGAGGAUCCCAACAUUCCUAGAACUUCAAGCUACGUCACUUCUACAGCGGAUCUACAAGAGUUGCUUGCAAGGUUCUGGGAGCUUGAAACCUGUCAUGUCAACAGUACCCAUUCGGUUGAAGAGACUGCCUGCGAGGAACUGUUUGAAAGAACAACCGUGCGCGAUGCUGAAGGUAAAUUUGUCGUAACUCUACCAAGGAAAGAGUUUGCCAUCGCAAGACUGGGAGAAUCGAAAAAUAUCGCACACAAACGAUUCCUUAAUCUCGAGAGAAGACUCGACGCAAACCUUGAACUAAAGGCAAUGUACCGCGAGUUUAUCCACGAAUAUCUGUUGAUGGGCCAUAUGAAGGAGAUUAUCGAUGAGUCCUGUGAUGACCCAGUUUACUACAUGCCGCAUCACGCAGUGCUGAAACCAGACAGUACUACAACAAAACUACGAGUUGUCUUCGACGGAUCUUGUCGUACGUCUAGCGGAAUUUCCCUGAACGACACGCUAAUGGUGGGACCCGUCGUACAGGAUGAUUUGAUAUCGAUCAUCACCCGUUUCCGACUGCAUCGGUUUGCGCUUGUGGCUGACGUAGCCAAAAUGUACCGGAUGGUUCGUGUGCAGCCAUCGGACCAACACUUACAGCGGAUUCUUUGGAGGGAAUCGCCGGAAGAACCUAUAAAGAUCUUCGAGCUUACCACAGUCACGUACGGGACUGCAAGUGCACCGUAUCUUGCGACGAAGUGUUUGACGAAACUAGGGAAAGACAGUGAGUCGACUCACCCCAUUGCCGCUAGGGUAAUCCAAGAAGACUUUUACGUCGAUGAUAUGCUGUCAGGAGCCGAUAGUAUCGAAGAAGCUAAUGCAUUGAUUUCGGAAGUGACCCAGGUAACCAACUCAGCCGGUUUCACACUCAGAAAGUGGAACUCCAAUUCUGCUAAGUUGCUUUCAAGACUGCCGAAAAAUCUGCGAGAUGAACGAUCCACUCUGGAGUUAGAUUCAUCCAGUUCUACUGUGAAAACACUUGGUUUGCGGUGGGACACUAGUUCUGAUAGUUUUUGCUUUAGUUUUCCACAGUGGCGAUCGAACUCCGCCGCCAUUACCAAACGUAGUAUCCACUCAGAUGCAGCGUGUCUGUUUGACCCGCUAGGAUUAGUGGGACCAGUAGUUGUACAGGCGAAGAUUUUUAUUCAGCAACUCUGGCGUCUGAAGUGCGAUUGGGACGACCCGUUGGAUGAAUCACUACAAGAAGUUUGGAAGGAAUACAAGCAAAAUUUAAUGGCUCUAGAAUCGUUAUCAAUUCCCCGUUGGAUUGGUUGCAGUAAUGAUUGGUCCGAAGUUCAACUACAUGGAUUUUGCGAUGCAUCAGAGGUCGCAUAUGGAGCCUGUCUGUACCUUCGUUGCACGGCUUUAGAUGGAACAAUCACCACACGUCUCAUUACGUCCAAGUCCAGAGUAGCACCACUGGAAAAUCUGAAGACCAAGAAAAAGAAAGUAUCCAUUCCUCGAUUGGAACUGUCAUCGGCCCUUCUACUCAGUCAUCUGUUCGAGAAGUUCGCCCGAAUCGCACCUGUUAAGUCGGCCUAUUUCUGGACAGACUCGAUGAUAGUCAAGCACUGGUUAGCAUCUCAGCCAUCACGAUGGCAAGCGUUCGUAGCAAAUCGAGUAUCGGAAAUUCAGCAUCUCACCAAGGACGGAACUUGGAACCACGUACCAGGAAUUGAAAAUCCUGCAGACUUGAUUUCUCGAGGGAUGUCACCAGCUCAACUACAAUAUCAGUCUCUGUGGUUCGAGGGUCCCCUGUGGAUGUCGCAAAUGGGACAAUAUUGGCCGAAAACUGUAGAGCCCGUACCAGAUCAGAUAGAGCCUGCAAUGCUGGAAGAGCGACCGUCGUCAUCAUUUCCUACUCAAGCACUGCCACCCAGCGACAUCUUUGGAAUGCGUUCGUCAUACACCGAACUUCUUCGACUUGUAGCGCUUCUUCUGCGCUUCAGAUUCAACGCACAAACCUGUAAUAAGCAGUCCAGAAAAACCGGAAAUAUUUCGCACGUUGAAUUAGAGCAAGCCGUGCUCGUGCUGGUUCGUCUAUCGCAGCAGGAGUGUUUUUCAGCAGAGUUGCGCAGCUUAACAAAGAAUGGUCAAGUUCAUGAAGGAUCCACUAUCAAUAGUCUACGUCCACGUUUGUCUGCUGAUGGUGUAAUUCGCGUUGGCGGUCGGCUUCUCCAUGCACCGAUACCAGCUUCCAGGAAGCAUCCGUUCAUCUUGGAUAGUCAUCAUCCUUUUACAACUCUAAUUGUGAGGCAUUAUCAUCUACGUUUGUUCCACACCGGACAGCAAUUGCUGAUUGCUUCCGUUCGAGAGAAGUUUUGGCCAACCGCUAUUCACAGCUUGGCCAGAAAAGUGAUCCACGAGUGCGUAGCGUGUUUCAAACGAAAGCCCAAAGCGUUAGAGCAGCUUAUGGCAGAUCUCCCGCCUGAACGUGUCACUCCAUCUUCACCGUUUUUGAAGGUAGGAGUGGAUUAUUGUGGUCCGUUCUUCAUCAGCUAUCCUAACCGUCGUACUCGGCCAGUGAAGAGUUACGUGGCAAUAUUUGUAUGCCUCGCAGUGAAGGCAGUUCAUCUAGAGCUCGUAGCAGAUCUGACCACUCAAGCGUUCCUAGCUGCAUUGAAGCGAUUUGUAGCCCGUCGAGGAAAACCACAACUAAUCGUUCGUCGGCGCCAAACGUGA